UAGCGCGCAUGCGUCGGCAGGUAGCAACCCAGCUCUUUAUGACCAGGUGAGAUGUUGGUGAGCAGGUAAAAAAGGAGGAUUUGUCUAAGCGAUUCCAGGGAGCGGGCCCGGCCGAGCCCUACAGCCCAUGCCCGGCGGGGAUCCAUCGCCUGGAGCGCCGAGCCGCGAUGUCCAUACUUGCCAAAAUGGGGGACUGGCAGGACCGCCACGACGGCACCAGCAACGGGACGGCGCGGUUGCCCCAGCUGGGCACUGUAGGUCAAUCUCCCUACACGAGCGCCCCGCCGCUGUCCCACACCCCCAAUGCCGACUUCCAGCCCCCCUACUUCCCCCCGCCCUACCAGCCUAUCUACCCCCAGUCGCAAGAUCCUUACUCCCACGUCAACGACCCCUACAGCCUGAACCCCUUGCACGCCCAGCCGCAGCCGCAGCACCCGGGCUGGCCCGGCCAGAGGCAGAGCCAGGAGUCUGGGCUCCUGCACACGCACCGGGGGCUGCCCCACCAGCUUUCGGGCCUGGAUCCUCGCAGGGACUACCGGCGGCACGAAGACCUCCUGCACGGCCCACACGGGCUUAGCUCAGGACUCGGAGACCUCCCGAUCCACUCCUUACCUCACGCCAUCGAGGACGUCCCGCAUGUAGAAGACCCGGGUAUUAACAUCCCAGAUCAAACUGUAAUUAAGAAAGGCCCCGUGUCCCUGUCCAAGUCCAACAGCAACGCCGUCUCCGCCAUCCCCAUAAACAAGGACAACCUCUUCGGCGGCGUCGUGAACCCCAACGAAGUCUUCUGUUCAGUUCCGGGUCGUCUCUCGCUCCUCAGCUCCACCUCGAAGUACAAGGUCACGGUGGCGGAAGUACAGCGGCGCCUCUCACCGCCGGAGUGUCUCAACGCUUCGCUGCUGGGCGGAGUGCUGCGGAGGGCGAAGUCUAAAAAUGGAGGAAGAUCUUUAAGAGAAAAACUGGACAAAAUAGGAUUAAAUCUGCCAGCAGGGAGACGUAAAGCUGCCAAUGUCACCCUGCUCACGUCACUAGUGGAGGGAGAAGCAGUCCACCUAGCCCGGGACUUCGGGUACGUGUGUGAAACUGAAUUUCCUGCCAAAGCAGUAGCUGAAUUUCUCAACCGACAACAUUCCGAUCCCAAUGAGCAAGUGACAAGAAAAAACAUGCUUCUGGCUACAAAACAGAUAUGCAAAGAGUUCACUGACCUGCUGGCUCAGGACCGAUCUCCCCUGGGGAACUCGCGGCCGAACCCCAUUCUGGAGCCUGGCAUCCAGAGCUGCUUGACCCACUUCAACCUCAUCUCCCACGGCUUCGGCAGCCCAGCGGUGUGCGCCGCGGUCACAGCCCUGCAGAACUAUCUCACCGAGGCCCUCAAGGCCAUGGACAAAAUGUACCUCAGCAACAACCCCAACAGCCACACGGACAACAGCGCCAAAAGCAGUGACAAAGAGGAGAAACACAGAAAGUGAGGCUGUCCUCCCUGCCCUGCCUCUCCCGCCUCACCAGUCCGGCGAGCCCACCCACCCAGUCGUCUCCAGUCCCCUACCGCCAUGGGCAGGUGACAGCUCUGGGACCAGCGCCCCGCCCCGCCCCUGCCCCCCUCCCCACUGCUGCUAUUGCUGAUGCUGCCGCCACCACCUUCAGUCCCCCAGACGCUGGGGGGACUCUCAGCCGUCAGCGGGACAGCACCUGCUGACUGGGCCCCCAGCCUCGAAGUCCCUCGUCGGCACCAACUCCCCUUUGCCCUCCUGUGGAGCCUAAGAGAACAGAACAGGCCGUGGAGCCAGCAAAGAAAAGUUCUGUCCAAGUUUGUGAACGAUUUUUUAAAAAACAAAAAACAAAAAACCCAACAACUCAACAACAACCACCACCACAAAAAAGCUAAAAACAUUUUUUUCUAAAAAAAAAAUAAAAUAAAUAAUAAUAAUAAUAACAUAAAAAUUUAAAAAAAUACUAUAUGCGCUUCAUGGGACUGAAUCACCACCUUCCCUUACAUACUUCAGAUUGUAGCCAUACUUUAAAAAAAAAAAGGCGUAAAGGAAAAUGACAUUUUUAUCAGUAUUGUGAAUAAACUUGAACACAAAUACACGAAGUUCCAUGUCAUGUCUUCAGUUGUAGAAGUUUUUUCCUCUCCAAGGUAAAGCGACCAACUUGAACUUUCUCUGGCAACACGAUUCACAGUUAUAUAAGGGAAUCCGUGUUCACGUCUCUGUAUAUAUUUAUUUAUGUGUAAUUUAAUGGGAAUUGUAAAUAUGGUGAGUCUGUUUUAAGCCUCUCUUUUUUUUUUUUUUUUUAAUUUAUCUGGUGAUCUCGUUUACCUCUUGUUUAGUGGGUUUUGAAUCUUCCCUAUUAGUUCUUCAUGUGGUUCAUGGUACUUAUUUAGAAAUUCAAGGUUUGGGGGAUUUUUUUUCCCCCCUCUGGGAUUCAUGAAUUUAGCCCUGUUGUAGCAUGUUAAAGACGACAAUGAAACAGCUGAACAGAAUUUUAAAAAGUAAAAUAAAAUUUUAUAUAUAAUUAGUAUUACAUUUAGCAUUUCAUUGAACUGAAAGAAAAAAGUUGAUAUCAGACCCUGGAAAGAUUUUUUAAACUUGAGUGGUUUGAUAACCCUUCUAUGUAUUGUGGGGAGAAAAAAAAAAGUUUAUUUUAUUUCACUAUCCUCCCUUGAAAGCAUCAUUUGAGCAAUAAAUGAGUAUUGUCUUUAAACCAAGGGUAAGGGAUUCCCCCCACCCCCACACUCUGUCUCUCUCUUACUCGCUCUCUCUUUUUGUUCAAAGAACUUCAAACAUUUGGGACCACCUGGUAUUCUGUAUUUUCACUGGCCAUUUUGGAAGCAGUUCGAGUUGUAUUGUAUUGAGUUGUGCUGGCGUAGUUUCCAUGCCUGUCAAUGUAUCAUAGUCCUUUGUUGCCCAGAUAAAUAAAUAUUUGAUACGCUUUA